GCUCCCUUCCCGCCACUGCAGGUUGUUGAAGUUUGACGUACCAACUAGUUUGAAUGAAUGUACCCGACGAGUACUAUCGGUCUGUCGCGUCACAUAGUUUCCAACCGAAGGAAUUUCGCAUUCAAAAGUGGCUGCUUCCAGGCGAGAACCACUCGAAUUAGGCGGUUGAAAUCGGGUCGGUGUGUGUUAUGUGCCGUGUUUCGGGAAUCGUGCAGUGAGCAAGGGAUAGAAUAGCGAGUACCGAGAGCAGUACCGCUGCGGUAGCACCGAUUCGCAACAUCUAUGUAGAGGAAUUUUCGAUCAUCACGAAUCGCGACUCGACCGUUGUUUGAAGGAGGGACCUUUCACAAGAGAAAUGGUAUGAAGGAGCCGGAUCACUUUAGCGAAACGCUAUCAGAGGGAGUGCAGUUGACGUUGAGCGAACUGCGCGAAAUGGCCUGUCAGCAGCAGGCGCAGAUCGAGUCGCAGCACCAGCUGCUGGCGGCCAAGGAGCAGCGGCUGAGGUACCUCAAGGAGCAGGAGAUGCGCCAGCAGCGCGUCCACGCCGAGAGCGAACGGCUGCGCCGGCUCAAGGAGCGCGUCGACGCGCAGGAGUUGAAGCUGCGCAAGCUGCGGGCGCUGCGCGGCCAAGUCGACCAGCACAAGCACAACAACAUAUCGCUCACGAGCGAUCUGGACUCGAUCAGAGCGCUGUUCAAUGAGAAGGAAAAAGAGCUAUCUUUGGCUGUGGCCAAAGUGGAGGAGCUGACGAGGCAAUUGGAGGAGCUGCGCCGAGGCCGGUCAAAUAAGAACUCAUCUCCGCCAUCCGCUUUGGAAUUGGACAAGCUCAGGAGAGAGCUGAUGUACCGGAACAAAUUGAACGAACAGCAGAAUCAAAGGCUGCACCAGCAGCGCGAAGCUUUAUCGGCCAGACAGGAGGAAAUGAGCGCCAUCGACAAGCGAAUCUCCGAAUUACAAGAGAGAUUACAUCGCAAACGCAUGUUGAACCAACAAUUAGCGAAUCAAAUCAGCGCCACAUCCAAUAAGGCCGCUUAUCAUCAAUUUAUGAGAUUAACAGGUAGUCAAGACCAAACCAACCAAGCGUUUAUGAGGAAACACCCACAACCUAACGACCACAAAGGCUUCUCUAGGGCAAACAUCGCUGCAGUGGAGCCCUACAAUCACAUUCCCGUGCAACAGCAAACCAACCACCAAAUGAAGAUACUCAACAACCAUCCGGACAUGAAGAAUCUAGCGUACGACAUGUACCAGCCGGUGUUCUACAUGAAGAAAGAGCAAGAUUCGCCGAAAUCUUCGCACGGCAUCCAAGACAAUAAAAUACCGAAACCGGACGAGAACGACGCGCUCAAGGAGUUUUCCGCAUCGAAGAUCGAUCCGAAGUACCAAACGUUGCCGUACAACACGAAAUUCCCCGUGAAUUUGAUCAUGAACAAAAUUAACAAAGAGGAAAACUCGGCGUUUACCAACAACAACAACGAUGAUGGUAAAGAAACGCAGGAUGUUGUAUUACACGCCGGUCAUAUGACCGUGCACAGCGCUCCUCUCUAUAUGGUAAAUAGGAACAUAGCUAAGGCAUUAAAUCAACAAGACGUGAUAACGAAGAUCAACGGCGAUAAUAAAGACGUUUUAGUCAAUGGACACGAGGAAAUUAUGCAUCGAGAUAGAGAGGCUAUUACAAGUAUUACUAGUUCCACACCUAUGAUUCCUACUUAUCAGAAACCUAUUAGCAGCGUGGCUCCUACGUCAGUUCAACAUACUAGUCUUCUCUCCAACGUAUACCAAACGAGCUCUAUAAAAGUCCAGCCGGUGGAACCGCAAACUAUAAUAGCAUCUAGUACUAUUAACAAUUCAAUCUCCACCAUCCACUACACUUCGCCUGCGAACUAUAACAAUAGCUUCGUAACAACUACGGCGGGACAUUCGGUGCAAUCCUCAUCGCCGCUGGUGUUGACAUCGCCUACAUCAACCAGCACACCUCUUAGCAAUACUCCCGAAAUCGCGAAAUCGCCCAAGCCAGCCCUUCCUCCUAAACCCUCGAUCAAACCUCCGCCGAGGCAAACUCAAUCUAUCAACGACGAAACGGGCAUCCCGCCAGCAGAAGCGAUCGAAGAUAGAAACGAAGUCAUUAAGAAAUUCGAGAAGCACUCAAGCACACCGACCAUCGCGAGAACCGAGAUGAUAAUCAAAGCCAAACCCCUAACUAUAAAGAAACAACCGUUCAGCGAACAACCAAAGUUGCGAUCGGCCGCAACAACUAUCCAAAACGGAUCGAACUUGAACAGAAGAAUCGCCGAGCUGCCGCUCUUCUCGAACAACCCGGACAAACCGCCCGUCGAAGACAACAAAGACGAAACCGACAAAUCGUCGGUAUCGGACGAAAACGACGAGAAAUUCGAGAACGUCAUCCGCCGAUGCAAGAAGGGCAAUCUGAAGCAAACCGGCAAGCAGAACCUCAGCCGGCGCGUCAGCUUCGAUCCGCUGGCGUUGCUGCUCGACGCCAGCCUGGAGGGCGAGCUGGAGCUGGUGAGGAAGACGGUGACGCAGGUGGCCAAUCCGAGCGCCGCCAACGACGAGGGCAUCACCGCCUUGCACAACGCCAUCUGCGCCGGCCACCUGGAGAUCGUCAAGUUCCUGGUGGAGUUCGGCUGCGACGUCAACGCCCAGGACAGCGACGGCUGGACGCCGUUGCACUGCGCCGCCAGCUGCAAUAAUCUGACCAUGGUCAAGUUCCUCGUCGAGCACGGCGCUUGCAUAUUCGCCACCACGCUCAGCGACCACGAAACCGCCGCCGAAAAGUGCGAGGAAGACGAGGAAGGAUUCGACGGAUGCUCCGAGUAUUUAUACAGUGUUCAGGAGAAAUUGGGUAUUUUAUCGGGGGGUGUUGUGUACGGGGUGUUCGAUUAUACGGCGCAGCAGCCCGAUGAGUUAAGCUUUAAAGAGGGAGAUCAAAUAACAGUACUGAGGAAAGGCGACGAGAACGAGAGGGAGUGGUGGUGGUCAGUGUUAGGCGACAAGGAAGGGUACAUUCCGAGGAAUCUGCUUGGUCUUUUUCCGAGAGUGCCGAAGAACGAGGAUUGAAUCGAGGAGAUGAGCCUACUAUUAUUAGUCGACCUCUUUGAAUGAAGAGGAAUUUGAUCUGCUAAUAUCCUUCACUCGGUUUAUUUAAUUAUUAUCUCUCUUAUAGUAGAGCUAGAUUAUACAAAUAUUAUAUCUAUUACUAACAAAUGUUAUACAGAGAGUUCAAAGUAAACACGUAUUUUUCAAUUAAAAAAAAUGAUUAGUAAAAAAAAGUAAUCGGUUGUUAGUAUUGAAUUUUGAUCGCUCUGUAAUAAAAAUAAAACCCUUUGCUCAAUAUAAUAGUAUAUUGUCCAGCUUAAGGAAACACUUUCAAAAUUUUCGAUAUUACAUUAUAGUUUUAACAUAUCUAUUGCUUUAAACACUAAUCAGCAAUAUCGUAAAAUAUAUAUUUGAG